AUGAGCUGCCCGGUGACGUGCGUCUCCUGGGUGCGCUGCGGCGUCGCCAAGGAAACGCCGGACAAAGUGCAGCUCAGCGAGGAGGAGCUGAAUCGUCUCAUCGGGGAGGCUCAGGACAGGCAGGGGGAUGGCGCUGGUGGUAGUAAUGAAGGCCAGAUGGCAUGUGGCACAAAUGAAGCUGUUCCUGGCACAGCUAAGUCUUCUCAUAAAAGUGAAGACCAGUCCGAUCAUGACCUCGAUGAAUAUGACUUGGAAAACUACGACGAAGAGGAAUGCACAGGUGAUCUAAAACUGGGAGACUCUUUGGCUACUCUGGCAGUAUAUGGGAGUAAUGAGCAUGAUCCAUACAUCACUCUGAAAACCACUGAUCAAUAUGAACAGGAGGACUUUUUGAUUAAGCCCAGUGACAAUCUUGUCCUUUGUGGCAGAGUUGAUAAGGAUUACUGUAGUUUGGAGGUCCAUGUAUAUAAUCAUGAAGAAGACUCAUUUUAUGUACACCAUGAUAUUAUCUUGCCUGCUUACCCUCUAAGUCUGGAGUGGUUGAAUUUUGAUCCCAGUCCUGAUGAAUCACUAGGAAAUUACGUUGCAGUGGGUAACAUGACUCCAGUUAUUGACAUUUGGGACCUUGAUGUAGUGGAAUCCUUAGAACCAGUCUUUUCUCUUGGAGGCAAGAAAGAGAAAAAGACAAAGAAAAAAGGAAAGAAAAGUUUAUCUUCAGAGGGGACCCUAAAAGGACAUACUGAUGCUGUGCUUGAUCUUUCAUGGAAUAAACAAAGCAGGAACGUUUUAGCAAGUGCAUCUGCUGACAAUACUGUGAUUUUGUGGGACAUGUCUGUGGGAAAGCCAGCAGCCAGCCUGAUGCUACAUACAGACAAGGUCCAGACGUUGCAGUUUCAUCCGUUUGAAACUCAGACCCUUGUUUCUGGAUCAUAUGAUAGAUCAGCUGUGCUGUACGACUGCAGAAACCCACAGGAUAACCAUCGAAUAUGGCGGUUCAGUGGUCAGGUUGAAAGAGUGACUUGGAAUCAUUUUUCACCUUGUAAUUUCUUGGCAAGCACAGAGGAUGGCUUUGUGUACUGUCUGGAUGCUCGUUCUGAUAAGCCACUGUUCACCCUGAAAGCUCACGAUGGAGAGGUGUCAGGGUUACAGCUAAGCAGCCAGAUCAAAGGGUGCCUUGUGACAUCAUCUGCUGACAAAUACGUGAAAAUCUGGGAUAUCCUGGGGGACAGACCAAGUUUAAUCCAUUCCAGGGAUAUGAAAAUGGGUGUACUCUUCUGUGCAGCUUGCUGCCCUGACUUCCCUUUUGUCUUUGCCUUUGGAGGGGAGAGAGAAGGGCUUCGUGUUUGGGAUAUAAGCAAGAUUUCUGCAGUGAAUGAAGUUUUUGGAAACAGAGAGAGACUUGUUGUGGCUGGCACCAGCUCUGCAGCUUGCAGCUCCACAACUGGCAGUAGCAGCAAAGACUCAGAGACAGCAAUGGAGUCGUGA